AUCUUUGAAUUGUUUGGUGGCCAGCUAGCGCUUCAAAGCGGACGUACCUGGAUGUCGCACGGCGUUGUCACAUUGUGGUCAAUAAGCGGUUUAUGGCCCUUUCUUUUUUCCUCUCAUCCGAGAAGUGAAGAUCUACGCCUUUGGUAAAAUAAGAAAACACCAUGGCAGUAUGCUUAGCGUUACCCUGUGCUGCUCUCUCGGACGAGGAUGAGGCCACACCCACCGUCAUGGAGUCCACGGCUGCGGAUGUCGCAGAGCACGUUGGGCCGCGGAAGGGUGGGACCGCCCUGCCUGAGGUCUCAUUCAUCUCACCUGGGCUGGAGAAUUCAGCACGAAAGGCAGAGGACGGUGCGCAGGAUGACGGCAGCAGGGAUCGAGUUCGGGUGUAUUUACGUGUUCGCCCUCUGAUAGGAAGCGAGGGGGAAAGAGGAGAGGAACAGGGAUGCGUUUGUGUCCAAGACAAGCAAACGUUGGUUCUCAGAGCCCCGAGGGACUCCUUUAACAUGAAGAGCUCGGAGAGAGGGGUUUCCCAAAGCAAGCACUGCUUCACCUUCACGCAGAUCUUCGGCCCCGAGAUGGGACAGCAGGAGUUCUUCGAGGGCACCAUGAAGGAGGCCGUCUGGGAUGUCCUGCGAGGCGACAACAGGUUGCUCUACACCUAUGGGGUCACCAACUCGGGCAAGACCUACACCGUGCAGGGUACCGGCCGGGAGGCGGGGCUGCUCCCCCGGACGCUGGUGGCCUUCUUCCAGAAGCUGGGGACUCGCCUGUACCCCACCCCAGACCUGAAGCCUGUUCUGUGCCGGGAGGUGCGGUGGCUGAGCCGCAGCGAGGUCCGGGCCGAAGAGAUCCGCAGGGACGCCCUGCUUGGCGAGGAGGAAUCCCCCGUUUCCCAUAAUUCCCGGCUGCGGGGCGACACCAGCACCAGCUGUGACAGCGGCAUCGGAGGCCUGUCCAUGGCAGAGGACUCGGCCAGUCUGUUCUUGGAUGCCAACAGCCUGUCUGGCAGCGGUGGGGAGGGCCUUCCGGAAGGCAUGCGCUUUUCCAUCUGGGUGUCCUUCUUCGAGAUCUACAACGAGUUCCUGUACGACCUGCUGGGGGCGCCGUCGCCCCGGAAGAGGGCCACGCUGCGGCUGUGUGACGACAGAAACGGCAACCCCUACGUGAAAGAUUUGACCUGGGUGCAGGUCCGCAGCGCCGAGGAGGCCUGGAAAGUUCUGAAGGUGGGCCGGCGGAACCAGAGCCUUGCGAGCACCCACUUGAACCACAGCUCCAGUCGCAGGUCCCUGAAUGGAUGUCCUAACCCACCUGUCUGUGGAGAUUCCCCCACCCCAUGUGACCGGCCACCUUUGGCCGCCCUGCAGAACCUCCGGCAGCUGCGUGCCGACCUUCAGCGGCUGGGCCAGGGCCUGCGGGAAGCGGAACACGCGUGCUGCCACAAGACGGGUGGCGAGCGGCUGCGUGGGAUGCUGGUCGCCGCGGAGGAGAUGCUGGGCAAACAGAACCAGGCUCUGGUGCAGAUCCAGAGGGACUGGCAGCUGGUGAAGGCAGACCUCCGGCAGAAGACGGAAAGUCUGGCCAGCCUGCAGCGUGGCGCCCCGACCGCGACCGGCUGGUGCAGAAAGAGAAGCCAGCGGGGUGUGGGGUCUGAUCCAGAGGAUCAGCACCUUGGGAAGAAGCCUUUCCUGUAUGCCGCGUCCCGGGACGGCACUCCAGCGCGCGGCGCCGCUCACUCCGGCACGCCCUACUCCCGGAUCCUGCGUGCCCGCCAGCCGAGCCCUCCCCUCAGCCCCUCUGUGUUCAAACCCCGGUUCCUGUUGUGACGAGACCCCCCGGUCAUGUCUGAAUCCUGCUAGGCAGCAUGUGGGCCCAGCAGUUCUAUAUGUAUAUUAUGUUUUUAACGAGAGACGCAUGUGUGACGUGUUUCUCUGUCCUGCAGCCUUUUUAGGUUUCUGAGUUGGAAAACCUUGGAGCACCGAUUAGUGUGUGUUUGUCCGUCUGCCUGUCUCUGAAUCUCAUUGUUUAACUUUCAUUGUACUUUUGGUUUCAUCAGUUUGCAGUAAUAUUUAAGGGGGCGGGAAGCAGGGGGCCUUGUGGUGAACCAGCUAUGCACUAUUUGUUAUGUUUGGGAACCGGUCUUGGUGAAGCCUUUCGCAGUAACGGUUAGCCUUGAUGCUGAAGUGUGUCUCGAUAUGCGCUUUACCUCUGAUCAGAAUGAGGGCUUAUAGCUGAAGUGCCUUCGAAAGGUCUACACUAGUCCCAAUGUGCUUUUCAGAUAUACAUGACUGUACAAUAUAGUCAGAAAAUUUAAUAUACAGAAUUAUUCUCUUAGAUUAAAGGAUGUUUAAAUUA